AUGAUGAGUUUUCGUUUUAAUCCAAUUGCAUUUAUAAAUCGUCGAAGUUCUAAAACAAAAUCGAAACAACGCAGUGAAUCAGUUGAUCAAAGAUCAUUAAGUUAUAAUGAUAAUGAUGAAGAAUUUCAAAGUUCUAUAGUUGUUAAAUCUUAUCGAAAACCUUCAAAAAAGAUAUCAUAUGAACAAGAUAUAAAAUCACCUUCAUCAUCUAUUCGAACUCAAGUAAUUGCUAGUCUUAGACGUAAUCGUAGUCCUAAACGAAAAAUACAACAACAAUCAAUUAGAGCAAUAUCUGUUCCACCGAUUACACCAGAAACUAACAAUGUAACUAUUGAUGUUAUUGAUAUUUCUAACAUAACUAUGAAUAAUUCAAAGUUUGAUAGUCAAUCAUCUCAAUCAGAACAAUGUAAAUCUCCAGCACCUUUAGCUCAAGAUGAUUGUUUUGAACUAACAGAUAUAUCAGAUGUAGAAAUUGAUCAUCAGCAUAAAUUUCAUCAAUUAUUCAAAGAAACAAAAGUAACAUCUUCUUCUACAAUAGAUAAAGAUGAAUCAUAUACACCAACCGGUAAAUAUUCUCAAUCAAUUAAUGAUAUUAAUGUUCAAUCAAAUGAUGAAUUAUCUGGUAAUGAUAACGAUGAUGUAGAGAAAAAGUCACUGACAUUCAAUGAACAAGACAGUGUAGAUUUCAAUCAAGAUAUAGAUGAUGAAGAUAGUACAGAGUCUGAGAAUAUUAACUAUAAACAUUAUAGUGUUCAUGAUGAUGAUGAUGACCAGAGUGUAAAAAAGUUAUCAGUUCAAUAUGAAAUUGAUUAUCCUGUGAUUGAACAAAUUGAUUAUGAUAAUAUUGAUGAUAAUUAUAUAUUUUCCAAUGAAACACCUAAAUAUCAAUCAUGUAAUAUUAGUGAAAUUGAACAGUAUAACAAUACAAUAGAACAAGAUAGUGAAAGUACACAAAGUAUUCAAAGUUCAAUGGAUACAACAUUCAACAACAACAUUCAACAACAUUCAGAUGAUGAUAAGAUUACACAAUGGGAUAUAAAUCAUUCUGAUCAAUAUAAAGAUGAUUUUUAUCAAAAAAAUCAGGAAUCAUCUGUUAUGAUAAUUGAUAAUAAUGAACAUGAAACUAUUGAUCAGUAUAAAGUAGACAAUACUUCAAGUCAAGAUCCAUUUUCUUUCAUUGAAUCAAUUACAUCUACUUCAAACUCGGACAAUAUAAAUACUACUAAUAAUAAUGUUGAUAAUUAUUUGACUCCACCUUCAAUUAUCAUUACAUGUGCAUCAACUGAAAGUCUUAUGAAGAUAAGUGAUGAUCAUAGUUUAACUCCACCAUCUAGACCACCACCACCUUCAUCUCAUUCUAUUCCUUGUCUGCCAGCUGAAGGAAAUACACCGAAACGUCCACCACCUCCAUCAUCAUUAUUAUCAUCUAAAGAAAUCUCUGAUAGACCACAACAAUCAAAAUCUAUAAAAACAAGUCAAUCAGAAAGUGGUAAAAAGAAGCGUAAAAAAGAUAAACUUUUCGGUUUAGUAGAUCUUGGACCAUUGCCAACAGAUCCUGAUCCAAAUUUUCCAUUUCGUAGUCAUUUUGAGAAAAGUGUUUUACCAAAUCCUAAAAAGGCUAUUCAACGUAUUAUUCGUGGUGAAACAAAAGCAGAAAGACGUCAAAGAAAAGAACAAGAAGAAUUAGAUCGUUUAUUAAAAGGCGGUAAUCAUCAUAAAACUGAUUCAGUCGUCAAAUUUCAAUCAUCAUCAUCAUCAUCAUACUCUAAAGAUUGGCAAGAAUUUCAACAACUUACAGCUAGAAUACAAAGUACUGUUGAAGAAUCAAUUAGUAAAGUUAAAACUUUAUCGUCUAUACACACAAUUGAUGAUUAUCAACAACCAACAUCUGAACUAAUAUCAAAUGAAAAUUGGGCAAAUUUUGAUCAACUAAAAACUACUGAAAAUAAUUGGGCAGAUUUUAAUCAAUCAAUCUUAUCAACAGAAAUCCCGAUUGAUGUUAAUCGUGUAGAAGUUGACGAGAAUUGGGCUAAAUUUGAUCCUGUAAACGACACACAAUUAGAUCAAAGUAACAUUGUAAAUUGGGCAGAUUUUGAUCAACCACAAACCUCAACACAAUUAGUUAAUAUUCAAUUGACUGAAAGUAUUGAUGAUAAUUGGGCAGAUUUUGAUACAUUGACAACAGGUAAUAAUCAUCAUUGUGAUAUAUUGAUAAGUGACGAGAAUUGGGCAAACUUUAACUCCAUUGAAACAAAUAACAAUUUAUCAUUUACUCAUAGACGUGAUAUUCUCAACGAUAACGACAAACAUUCACAUAAUCUUGUCGACGAAUUAUCUCAACAAGAGAAUCAAGAGGAAACAUUCAACGGUGUAAAUCAUAGUGAGCAUUAUCAGGAUUCUUCUAAAGAUUUAUUUAUUAUAGACAAUUCAAAAGAUCUUUUCAAACCAUUUCAUCCAACACACACUGAUACUUCUCAAGAUAUACAACAAUUACAAACUGAUCAUCAUCUAUUUGUUGUCGACAAUCUUGAGACAUCUGAGUAUCAAGUGGACUGUGGUGAUUCAACUUCUUCAAAGUAUAUCUCCAAGUUAAGUGUGGCUGACUACACUGGAGAUACAACUGACUUAACACAGACUGAAAACUACUUUCUCAUAACUAACAAAUCAGACAUUUCUACUGAUCCAGAGUGUUGUAAUUAUUCUGUCAGUGUUGUAGAUAAUUUACCCGAUUGUCAAGAUAAAAAAACCGAUUCUAAUCAAACAGAUCAAACUGGACAUAUUGAACCUAUCGAUGAGUUGAAUUAUUCAACAAUUGACAAUUUAACUGAUUAUUAUCAAGAAGAAUCCAGUGAUCAUCAUUUUGUUGUCGAUCAUUCUGGAACUAUUGAGAAUCUUUUCGGUUGUGAUUAUUAUCCAUUAAUUCAUCUUGAUCAUUAUAAUUUCAAUAUAAGAAAUUAUAAUCAACAAAUAGAAACGAAUAGUAAUCAACCAUAUUCUAUCAGUCCUUCAUAUACUAUUGAAAAUCAAUCGAAUCGUAAGAAUUUACCCAUUCUUGUAAGAGACAACUAUCAUUCAUCUAUAUAUAAUCAAAAGAUUAAUUUUGAAGAAGCAUAUACUACUACUAAUACUAUUAUUGAUUUCAGUAGGAUGGAAUUCGAUAAAUUGAAGAGAUCGAAUGAGUCAACUGACAAACAAACAACACCUGGAAUUGAUGAUAUAGCUAACUCUGAUAUACAUGUCAAGUAUGAACAGAAUGAUGAUUUUGAUGUACACAUGUCAGUAGAUUCUAGUUCAAAUACAUCUUUGUCUAAUUCUGAUGAUAUACAAGAAGAUGUAGAAGAAGUUGAAGUGGAAACACAUAGAGAAUUGACACUUCAUAAUGAUGUAAUCAAUGAAAACAACUUAGAUUAUCAUCAAAAUUAUGGUGAUGAUGAUGAUGAUGUAAACAUUCCUACUUCUACUGAUGUCGACUAUGAUGCAGACAAUGAUGUUCCAGAUAUAAAAGAUAAUUUCCACAGUCAGUAUGAUCAAAUGAUAGACUCGAAUCAACAAGAAUAUUCUACUGAAGAAAGUAAUCCAUUUAUAAAUGAUGCUUUCCAAGGUGUCAUUGAUAAUAAGUUAAAUUGGAAUGAACAUAAAAUCAGUAUAGAUGCUAACCUGAAAAGUAUAGCUAGACCACGUAUUAAACCAAUAAGACAAGAAACUUUAUCAGUGGAUGAAUUAACACGUGCUGCAGCUGGAAUCAAACUGAUCUAUCCACAAAAUAAACUAGGUCAUCAUCAUCAUCAUCAUCAUCAUAACAAGAUGAAAGACAGUUUCGAUAGUAUGAAUAGUAGUUGUUCAUUCAAUGAACAAGAUACACAAUCAUCAAUUGAACUACACAAUGUUGAAGUACUUGAAACCAUUGAAGGAAUAGGCAUAAAUCCAGAAGGAUUUGAUCCAUUACAAACUAUUUAUCCAGAUAGUGAUAAUGAAAAUUCCUCUGAUUCAAGGGAAUUAAAAGGUUUACAUAUUAAAAUAAAUCAAAAAGCAAAUCAAAAGCAAACUACUAACAAUUCAACAGUAGUAUCGAAAAGUGAAGAAAAUAAAACACAAAUUACAAUUAGUCCACCGCCACAACUAACAAAACCAAUAAAUAUCCUUGAUUUGGAUAUCAAUGAUAAAAAUGAUGAAGAUGAUGCAGUAAUUAUGAAUAAAGAGGAUAAAAAACAAUAUGAAGACACUCAUAGUGAAGUAAUCACUUCUCCUUCAACACCUCCUGGAUGGGUAGACUUCUUCGAUGAUGAGAAUGAUGAUAAUCAUUCUUUGAAGCUUACCACUAUAUAUAAACUUGAAAAAGAUGAUAUUGAUAAAGCAUUUGAAAUUAAAUGUGAAGCAGAAUAUGAAGAUGAAGACAAAGGGAUGGUGGCAACAGUCUAUCCAGAACUUCAUAGACCAGAAACACCAGAUCCUGAACUGGAUAAACCAUUUCAUCCACUUAUUAAUACACAAGAUACUUGGCGUCUUUGGUUAAGGUAUCCAGAGAAGAAAACACGUGUUAAACAGAUAAGUAAGUAUACAACAGAUAGAUAUUGGCGUGAAGUAGGUAUACGUUUAGUUGAAGAACAUGGUCGUAAAGUGAUAAAUCUUUAUGAAAUUGAUGAGAAGACGAAUGAAAUUUUUUCACAACCAUAUAGAUCUGUACGUGUUGAACCAUAUAUGCAGUUAUCAAGAGAAAAAUUACAACAAUAUGAUAAAUAUGGUAAACUUCAUGUAUUCAAAUUGAAUCAUGUUUCUUAUAAAGAAUUAGUUGGUAUAAGACCAGAGAAGUUUUCAAUUAAAAAUUUACAAAAUCUUGUUAGUCAUAAACCAAAACAAAAUAUUACACUUGAUCAUAUACCAAUAUAUACAGAGAUAUUGAAAUUUGGUUCAUUAGAUCAGACAAAAAUUCGUCAACUAAUGCCUAUUAUUGAAGAUGCUUUAAUGCAAAUCCCAUCAUAUAAGGAUACAUCAUUGAAUUAUAAUCGUCAAGAAGUUUGUUGUUAUGUGAUUGAUGAAUAUGAAGGUAAAUUAAAUUUCAAUGGAGUAAUUGUUGAACAGAAAGCACGUACACGUAUAUACUUUACAGCAUUUGUUAAUGGUGGAUCACAUAUUAUACUUGGAUUGAAUGAUAAAUGGCGUUAUGGUAGAGAAGUUGUUAGACGAUGUGAUAUUUUACCAAUUAUGCAUGAUGAAUGGAUUAGUAUACAUAAACCAGAAUUUCAUUCAUGUAUACAAAUGGAUGAAUAUGAAAAAGAUCAUAUGUUACAAUUUUAUCCAUUAGAUGGAUGUCGUUUUGAACUGUUACGAUUUCGUGUUAGUCUACGAGAGAAUCAUGAAUUACCAAUGCAUAUUAAAGUCAUAUAUACAAUUGAUGGACGUCGAAUAGCAAUGAGAUGUGAUCUAUUGGUACCAGGUUAUUUCAGUGUUAAUCAACGAUGUGGUGCUAUACCAUGUGAAAAAGUUGAAAUUCAUAUACCAUUCCCAGAAGAAUGGAUAUAUCAUCUUCGUGUUGAAAAACAUCAUAAAUAUGGUUCUGUACAUUCUACACUACGUAAACCGGGUAAAAUUAAAGGUCUUGAAAGAAUUACACAAAUGGCUCAAAGUCUGCUACCACCAAGUAUGCUAGAGGCGAGUAUUGGUGUUGCAAAAUAUGAACAUUUAUACAAAGCUAUUGUAUGGCGUAUACCAAGGAUACCGGAAAAGUCUGAAGCAUCAUUUCGUCCACAUUUACUAACUUGUAAUUUGAUACUGGCACAACAUGAUACAGUACCUGAAUGGGAGAGUUUAGUUCCUUAUUGUCAAGUGGAAUACACUAUGCCAUCAAGUAGUGUAUCUGGGGCAACUGUACGUUCAAUCAGUGUAGAGCAUACAGGUAAUGUGGAAAAGUUUGUUAAAUAUCUUACAAAGUAUAAGUAUACAGUGGAUAUUGAUUAUCAAUUGGGUAGUCGAAAGGCACCUGUCAUCAAGUCACUUCUAGAUGAUAAUGAUGAUGAUGAUGCAGGAAAUGAAUACGGAAGAUCUACUGAUCAAACUCAAUUGAAUCGUCAAUAUGAUGCAAUCAGUCUUGAUGACAACCAUCUUCAUCAUGAUGAUGACGUUGGUGAUGAUGCAAUGAAAUUGAAACGAUUAGAUAAUGUUGAAAUGACAUGUGAUGUGAAUGAAAGACAGACAAGUGAAACAGCUCCAACGGAAUUCGGUGACCUUUUAGGCUUAGGCACAGAUUUCAAUGUGACAUCUGAAUCAAUAUCACCACAGCAAACUGGAUCACUUAAUACUGAUGUUAUUCUUUAAACUUGCUAACAUCCUAUUACUCAGUUAUACACACUUACAUAUCUCAUCAUAUUAAAACAUUGGGUCUGUCUAAAUUUUGAAAAGGGAAACAGGAAUUCGCAAAAGAAAAGGCUUCUUGCAUUCACACGCACACACAGACAACAAUUCCUAAUUGGUCCAACAUUAGACUACCAAUAUCUUAUAUACUCAAUCAUGUGAACGCAUUCCAUUUUCGAGAAUAUAUUCAAACUACUUACUAACUAGUUAGUAGCUUCAUGUUAUUUUGCGAUAUUAUAUGCUAAAGCUUAUCAUCAUUAUUUUUUAUGUCAUUUCCCAUUCAAUCCUAUUUGCAAAUUCAAUCAACCUGUUUGUUAUUGACCACAUUCACUCUACAAUAAUGUAGAUUUACCUCGCCUGAAUACUGACAAUCUUCUGUUCCCUGUUGAAGUUUAUCACAAAGUAAUCAUUAUCCUAUUAUUAUUAUUAUAACACUAUUACACAUUUUAUCAUUAUCACAAAUAGUCGAGUAAUGCCUGUAUACCUGUUUACUCUGUCUCUCUGUACAAGAAGAACUUGUGAAAUAUUGAAACCAGCAUAUUCUUGUUAUGCUAUACUAUACUAAUAUUACUACCAUAAAGUAAUCAGUCCCAGGCAAAGCUAUUCUGUGAUAGCCUGUACGAUUUUUACAAUAAUCAGUCAACUAGCAAAAGAGAUAGUGUAUUUCGUCGAAUUCCAUUUCUCAUCUAUCCAUUUACACAAUAUAACUGAUUCAAAAGGGUUUAUUCAUACAUAUUCAUAUAUUCCACACACACACACACACACACACACACACACAAACAUAUAUAUGCAUAUGUACUACUUAAACUACUGAUAUCAUGACAUUCAUUGUAUAUCAGUCAGUGAAUGGAUACAAUCAAUGCAUAAGUUUUAUUUAUCAAUGAAGGAAUAACUUAUUGUUCUACCUAUUGUGCAAUUCUAUUCAUAAAUAGUCAUCAAUAUUAAUUAAAAAAUCCGUUUUCAUUUCCUAAUUGAUCAUUUCAACUAUCUAUAUUAUAAAACACUAUUUCUAUUCAAUUUAUGCAGACUACUAUUACUACUACUUAUAUAAGCACAUUUAUUGUGUGAAUUGGUUGUUUUGACAAUCCCGCCAUCCAGCUCCACAGCCUUUUUCAUUCAUUCAUUCACUCUUAUACAAGGGAAUCUAUUGAUUUACAUUAGAUAAACAAAUAAAAAAAGUGUUUACAUUUCUCAAAAGUGAUGUAAACCUGAAUUUGUUACCGGUUAAUAAUAAUUUCUGUGUGUGUGUGUGAAGAGAAAUAAAAAAUGUUUCUAAUAUAAACAUAACUGACUACUUAAAUAUGAGAUGAUAGAAUGAGUAGUAUAUAUAUGUAGAUGUGUUUAUAUGUAAUGCAAUAGCAAUUCUAUGUGCCUAUUAUCAAUAUGAAUGAUUGUUUAAAAGGAAAUGAUGAGGUUUCCAAUGUUCAUUAUUCAUUAUUAUUAUUAUCGUGAAGGUUAUUUAAUGGAAAGAAGAUUGUUUUUAUUUGAGG